AUGGGGAACUGUUUCUGCUGCCAUAGCAAAGGCCCCUGCGACAGUGCAGAGGAAACCAGUCUGCUGCAGAAUGACUCGAAGGCGGCUGUGGCCCCGGCUGAAACCCCCGGUGCUGUUUCGGUGGGGGGAACGUGUGGGCCUGGACUAGAAGAGGACAUAAGCAAGGAACAGUUUAAGGACGCAACAGAGAUCUACAGUACUCAGGAGAACGGGACAUUGCAGAAAAAUAAAGCCUCCACAAAGAGCGAGAAGGAGGAAGUGGAGCAGCCAAGCUCUGAACCUGCUGCACCACAUUCUCAGGUGUUUCCCAUCUCUGCGAUUACUGAGGAAGUAGUUAAUACAGACCCUUCACACAGUGUUGACAAAGAUGACCCUGAACACAGAAGCGGUCCUGCCGCUCUGUUAGAAGCCCACGCUGCGGAGACACAAAGCCAUAUUCCAGAGUGUUCUGUGGGUCUAGUCUGCUCUGCGCCGGAGCUCAGUGACGAGGGAGAGUCCAGCCCUGCUCCACACGCCACAGCUGCAGCAGAUGAGAGCCACAGUUUGCAACAGGCAGAAAUGUGUGGAGCAGAAAGCUUACUCGAGGACACUCCAGAGACUACAGCAGAAAACACUGAGACUGUGAAGGCUAAAGACGAGCCUCCAGGUGAAGACUGUGAAGAGAAACACGCAGCUUUGAAGAACACAGAAUGUGCCUCACCAGAGACUGUGGCUAAAGAAGAGAUGGUGCUCAGCAGCUCUGACAGCUCUCCUACUGCAUCUAAGGAGACUCCUGCAGCUGUGAACGUCCAGGACGAGGAGGAAGACCUGGAGGACAGUGAGGAGGACUUGUACAGAGGAGCAGAGGAGCUGUCUGCUGAACUAACCACAGAAGCUGUGGCUCCAUCUUUAUCAGAAUCCUUGUCAAAGCUGGAGGAUCGGUGCAGUUUGGCUCCAGCGGUGGAUAUUAUGUCCUACAGCGAAAGGGAGUGGAGAGGAAACACUGCCAAAAGUGCACUAAUUAGAAAGGGCUAUAAGGAGCUGUCCCAGAAGUUCAGCAGCUUGAGACGAGUCCGAGGGGACAACUACUGUGCCCUCAGAGCCACUUUGUACCAGGUCUUGUGCAACACCAGCCAAAUGCCCCAGUGGCUCCGAGAAGACAAUAUUACCACGCUGCCAAAGGAGCUGGAGGCCCAAGACGGGUUGAUCUGUCAGUGGAUAUUUCCCGGGGAGUGUCUGCGUGGAGAUGGGACCGGAGAUGCCACCCUGCAACUGCAAAGCUACCUGGAGCUCCUGCAAAAGAAGUGGCGAGAAGCUGCGGCCUGUGCCUCUGCGGCCGAGCGGCAGCAGCUUUGUGAGCAGUGGUUCCAGGGCGGAGAAGAGGAGCUGGCUCUGCUGGAGGCUCUGAAGCUGCUGAUGCUGUCCCGCGCUGUGGAACUGCACUGCUCCAUGCACAAGGGCGACGACACGCCCCUCUUCUGCUGGCUCCUCUUUGCUCGGGACUCGUCCGAUUCCCCUCGCUCUUUCCUCGCCAACCACCUCAGCCACGUGGGCCUCAGCGCUGGACUGGAGCAGGUGGAGAUGUUUCUGUUGGGCUACGCCUUACAGUGCACCAUUCAAGUUUACAGACUGUACAAGGCCGACACGGAGGAGUUCGUCACCUUCUACCCGGACGACCACAAGGAGGACUGGCCCUGCGUGUGUCUGGUCACCGAGGACGACCGCCACUACAACGUGCCGGUGUGUGAAGCGGCGGCUCUGCCCCAGGAGGCCCAGUGCAGCUGA